GCGGCAGAGCCUCGCCGCAGCCGCGGCCGGCCGGCGAACUCCUCCCUCCGCGCUCUCCCUUGCGGCGGCGCCGGACGGGCUCCUCCCGGCUUGUUGGGAGUGGUGGUAUAAUAGCAGAUUUCUCCUCCCGUCUCGUCUCCUCCCUGCUUCGCCCGCCGCCUGCGCCGAUCUCCCGCCGAGCUCACCGGUAAUAAACUUGACCGGAGAUUGCUUCCCACUGCAUUGCUGUCGUCGCUUCCCUCAAGCCUGUAUCGCGCGCACGGCUCGGGUUCAAGGAUGCGCCGCCUCUGCCGCCCAGCAGCCCACCUGCUUUGCUCUGCAAGGAGCACCCGCUCUGGGUAUGCCUGCAACAUUCUUGAUGAAAUGCCCCUGCCACCUUCCAUGCUGCCACGCUGCAUGUUACUGGUUCGCGUGCAUCACUUGUUCGGCGGAAUGCGAGGGCCAGGGUUCUGCACCACGGUAGGCUCCGAACCUGCUGGGGAGGUACGGUUCACGGUGGUGCCGUGCGAUGCCCAGGAGGAGCUGGCCCCAGGCGUGUCUGAGGCCGCCGAAAGGGUCUGCCGUGUAGUGUCUGCCCAGCCAGAGCAUAGAAUUGCGCCAGCGCUUGAUGCACUCGGGGUAACUGUCUCACCGCAGCUGGUGGCCGAGGUUCUCAAGAACCUGAGCAAUGCUGGCAUUCUUGCACUUGCUUUCUUCCGGUGGGCAGAGAGGCAGCAAGGCUUCAGAUAUUCAACCGAGGGAUUCCAUAAUUUGAUCGAAGCUCUCGGCAAGAUCAAACAGUUCAAGCUGGUGUGGAGCUUGGUGGAGGCUAUGCGAUGUCGGCGCUGUCUGUCCAAGGACACAUUCAGGAUCAUCGUCAGGAGGUAUGCACGGGCCAGGAAGGUCAAGGAGGCUGUUGAGACAUUUGAGAAGAUGCCCAGUUUUGGGCUGAAAACGGACUUGUCAGAUUACAACUGGCUGAUUGAUAUAUUGAGCAAGUCCAAGCAAGUGAAGAAGGCACAUGCUAUCUUCAAGGAGAUGAAGAGAAAAGGUAGGUUCAUACCUGAUCUGAAGACAUACACCGUCCUCAUGGAAGGCUGGGGCCAUGAGAAGGACUUGCUGAUGCUCAAAGCAGUAUACCAAGAAAUGCUACAUGCAGGCAUUAAGCCUGAUGUCGUUGCAUAUGGGAUGCUAAUCAGUGCAUUUUGCAAGUCUGGCAGAUGUGAUGAGGCUAUCAAGGUGUUCCAUGAGAUGGAAGAGAGAGGUUGCAUGCCAAGCCCUCAUAUAUACUGUAUGCUUAUCAAUGGGCUUGGUUCGGCAGGGAGACUAGAUGAAGCUUUGAAAUAUUUUCAACUCUCUAAAGAAAGUGGGUUCCCCAUGGAAGUACCUACGUGCAAUGCAGUUAUUGGGGCUUACUGCAGAGUCUCAAAGUUUUCACAUGCUUUCAGAAUGGUUGAUGAGAUGAGAAAGAGUGGCAUUGGGCCAAAUGCCCGCACCUAUGAUAUCAUUCUCAACCAUCUUAUAAAAUCUGAAAAGAUAGAAGAGGCCUACAAACUAUUCCAGGGAAUGGAAACAGAUGGCUGUGAGCCUCAGCUCAAUACAUAUACAAUGAUGGUUGGUAUGUUCUGUAGCAAUGAAAGAGUUGAUAUGGCCUUGAAGGUCUGGAAGCAAAUGAAAGAGAAGGGUGUUCUACCAUGUAUGCAUAUGUUUUCAGCAUUGAUCAAUGGGUUAUGCUUUGAAAACCGGCUGGAAGAAGCAUGUGUAUAUUUCCAGGAGAUGUUGGACAAAGGAAUUAGGCCACCAGGUCAACUUUUUAGUAAUCUGAAAGAAGCGCUUGAAGGAGGAGGCAGAAUUAGCUUGGCACAGGAGAUGGCUCAAAAGCUAGAUAUGUUACGUAAAACACCAAUGCGUGGCUGAGUAAUCAAGCACAAUAUAAGUUAGGACUCUUCAGUCAUCAGAAAACAAUAUAUCACUUUCAACUCUAGAAAUGCUAGUGGUGUAUUUUUACCGUCCUUGAAAAUAUAGCGAAAAUUAUCAUAUUUUAUAGUGUAUACCUUUGAUAUCCGUACUAGUUACCUGAAUGUACCAAAAUUUUAUGCUAAAAAUUUUGUGACUCCAGGUACUUCCCGAGUUCCUGUAAAAUUUCUCAGAAGGUGUGUUUGUACAGACCGUGAACCUCUUGUUCUGCUACAUCCGUAUGUUUUUCAGGCAUUACAUUCAACUGCAUU